CGAAAAUAGCGUGAACAGCCCCGACAUUUUAGAGUGUUUUCGGGUGUCAGGAACGUUCCUGCCUUUGAAUUAUAAACGAGGCGCUUGGUGAAGUCUAUUUUUUCGUCAAAAUGGAUAUUUCUACACCUCCAGAUGACCAAGAGCUGCGUAAUGUCAUCGAUAAGCUUGCUCAGUUCGUUGCUCGUAACGGACCAGAGUUUGAGAAGAUGACCAUGGAGAAGCAGAAGGACAACCCAAAGUUCUCCUUCCUGUUUGGAGGGGAAUUCUUCGGCUAUUACAAGUACAAACUCGCAAUAGAGCAGCAACAGCUGAUGUGUAAACCGCCUGGAAAGGAGGCUCCCGAUGUCCCUCCACCAAUGACCAUGCUGCCUCCGCCCCCGAUCCCGCCCACCACUCCAUCUGUGGAGGAGCUUAUUCAGCAAAGCCAGUGGAACCUUCAGCAGCAGGAGCAACACCUGCACAACCUCAGACAGGAGCAGGUGACUGCGGCUAUAGCUCUGGCCCUGGAGCAGCAGAGUCAGAAGCUGCUGGCGGAGACGCAGUUAGACAUGGCCGAAUUCGACAGUCUCCUCCAACCCAUCAUAGACACCUGCACUAAAGACGCCAUCUCAGCUGGUAAAAAUUGGAUGUUUAAUAACGCAAAGUCCCCCCAACACUGCGAGCUCAUGACCUCUCACCUCCGAAACCGCAUCACGGCCGAGGGUGCCCAUUUCGAGCUCCGCCUACACCUCAUCUAUCUGAUCAAUGACGUCUUGCAUCACUGUCAGAGGAAACAGCAGAGGGAUUUGCUGGCUGCCUUACAGAAGGUCGUGGUGCCAAUCUACUGCACCAGCUUCCUCGCCGUGGAGGAGGACAAGCAACAGAAAAUAACACGGUUGCUGCAGUUAUGGGAGAAGAACGGUUACUUUGAUGACGUCACCAUUCAACAGCUCCAGAGCCCAGCGCUGGGCCUGGGCCAGUACCAGGCGUCUCUGAUCACGGAGUACGCGGCGGUGGUGCAGCCGGUCCAGCUGGCCUUCCAGCAGCAGAUCCAGCAGCUGAAGACCCAGCACGAUGAGUUUGUGGCCAAUCUCAAACAGCAGCAGUCCGCAGCCGUCGCAGCUGCAGCCGCAGCCGUGGGACAGCUACCGCCACCAGAGGGCGACGUCAAGCCUGGACCACAGGGGGUGCCGCUGAGCUCACAACCUGGGGAGCUGAAACCUCCCAUGACCGGUCCUCCUCCAGGGGACUAUGACAGCGCCAGUUCCCGACCACCGGACCCCCUGGCGGCUCCCAGUAAUCCCAAUGCCCCCUCUGACAUUCCAGUUAGCAAACCAGGCUGGUACGACCCCCAGCACAACCUGCCUGCGUGGAACCCGUCUCAGCCUCCUCCGUUUGACCCGACCCAGGCCCCGCCCCCCUGUCCGCCCUGGAACAGUCACGAGGGCAUGUGGAACGAGCAGAGGGAUCCUAACUGGACAGGGCCGCCCCGAGAGGGUGGGCCUUGGAGCAACCAAUCAGAGCCUCCGCCUUCGUGGAGCGGGCAGUUCGACCAACCGCCGUGGAGUAACCAACCCGACCAGCCGCCCUGGGGGCAGAGGGAGCCCCCGUUCCGCAUGCAGCGACCCCCCCAUUUCAGAGGCCCCUUCCCUCCCCAUCAGCAGCCCCCUCCCUUCAACCAGCCCCCCCCACCUCACAACUUCGGCCGUUUCCCUCCACGCUUCAUGCAGGACGACUUUCCCCCCCGCCACCAUUUCGAGCGGCCCCCGUACCCUCCCCAUCGAUUCGACUACCCGCAGGGAGACUUCCCCGGAGAGAUGGGUCCUCCACCCCAUCAUCACCCCAGUCAGAGGAUUCCUCCGCCCGGGAUGACGGAGCACCCGCCCUGGGGCGGGAACCAGCACCCCUCCGACUUCGGCCCGCCCCCCCCUCACGGUUUUAACGGCCAGUCGCCCCACGUCAGGCGUCAGAACCCCCCCCACGUCAGCCAGGACGACCCCAGCCUGGUUCCCAAUGUGCCCUACUUUGACCUGCCCGCCGGGCUCAUGUGCCCGCUGGUCAAGUUGGAGGACCACGACUAUAAGCCGUUAGACCCCAAAGACAUCCGGCUGCCCCCCCCCAUGCCCCCCAGCGACCGACUACUCGCCGCCGUCGAGGCCUUCUACAGCCCCCCCUCGCACGACCGGCCCAGAAACAGUGAGGGCUGGGAACAGAACGGAUUGUAUGAAUUCUUCCGUGCAAAGAUGAGAGCAAGAAGAAAGAAAGAACAGGAGAAACGCAACAGCACACGGGGCAGUCGCUCUCGUAGUCGUUCUCGUAGUCGAGGCAGAUCGUCAUCCCGAUCGAGCUCAAGAUCGUCGAAAUCAUCUCGUUCUUCAUCACGCUCUCGAUCCUACUCCCGCUCACGCUCCAGAAGCAGGAGUCGCUCCAGAUCUCGAUCCCGAUCCAGAUCUCGCUCCAGAUCCCGCUCCCGCUCCCGCUCUCCAAACAAGAGACGCCGCACAAAGUCUCGCAGCCCCACACCACCCUCAACGUCGGGUCUGGGUGCUGCCUCGUCGGCUGUGCCCCCUGACCUUAGACUAGGAGAGGAGAACAAAGGUCAUCAAAUGCUCAUGAAGAUGGGCUGGAGUGGGUCUGGAGGUCUGGGAGCGAAGGAACAGGGAAUCCAGGAUCCCAUUAAAGGGGGUGACGUGCGGGAUAAGUGGGACCAGUAUAAAGGAGUGGGCGUCUCACUGGACGACCCGUACGUGAACUACCGCAGAAACAAGAGCUACAACUUCGUAGCACGAAUGAAAGCCAGAGAGAAAGUGAGCCGAGAUCCGCAGGAAUCAACACCCCCAGAGUGAAACCGACCCCAGCCCUGACCCCGCCCCCCCCCCCCACACCGCGAGCACAGCCUUUUCUACCCGACGGCAGCUACCCAGAUGCCGUCUCUCAGAUCUCUGACGUUCGUGUACCUGAAGCACGGCUCUGCCACGAUGUGAAAUGAAAUCUCGUGUUUUUGUUUGUUUAUUUGUUUUAAUGUUGU